GGCCACCACCCUUCACAUCAGCAGUGGCAGGUCCGGGUCAUGUAAACGUGCAGUCGCAGCCGGGCACUCCCUCUCUUUCACUUUUCCUCGUUCCCCCGUGCAUUAAAUAUAUAUUAAGACCAUAUAAGCCUCAGGCGAGGAUAAUAGAACCAUGAUUUGUUCUUGUACUUUCGCCCUUUUGCAGGAGCCUAAAGACUGAGCAAGGCGAGCAUGUGCACACAAACCCAUAUAAACUACUGCCCCAUAUGGCCACUGGGUAUUUGGGUUGCCAGCCUUAAGAGAACCUGCAGUGUUGGUGUACUGGCCCCUCUGCAGCUUACAACUGAGAGAGAGAGAGAGAGAGAGAGAGAGAGAGAGAGAGAGAGAGAGCAUUAGUUUGCACAGCGGAAGAGGAGCUAGCUGAUUAAGAGGGAGGUGAUAGCAGACUUCUGCUUCUCUUGUUCCAGCUCACUUUAACUUGGUCGAGCCGUCAAGGGAGCGAUGGAUGAUCGUAGCAGCUACGACCCUUCCUGCCGAGGAGAUCAGGAGAAGAUCUCCUACUUGCUGGGCCAUGUUCCGACCAGCUUGUCAUCCUACUCUUGUGAGGCCGAGCUGAUGCCAUCCUCUUCUUUCCACCCCAUUUCUGCUGCUGCUCCUGCUGGUGGUGGGGGUGGGAGGAGGAAGUCUGUGGACCAGGAUCUUGACUCUCUCGACUGGGAGAGCGAGGAGGGUGUGGAGGCGUUUGAGGAGGAUCCUGUGAAGCUGGCUCCUUCCCGGAGCUCCGGCUCGAAGAGAAGCAGGGCUGCGGAAGUCCACAACAUGUCUGAGAAGAGGAGGAGGAGUAGGAUCAAUGAGAAGAUGAGGGCUUUGCAAAAUCUGAUCCCCAACUCAAACAAGACAGACAAGGCUUCCAUGCUUGAUGAGGCCAUCGAAUAUCUCAAACAACUGCAGCUCCAAGUACAGAUUCUGUCGAUGAGGAAUGGUCUCAAUCUGCAGUCCAUGUAUACGUCUGGAGCUCUUCAGCCUUUGCAAACUUCUCAGAUGUCUAUUAGCUUUGCGCUGGAUAAUGACACGGCAACGGGUAUAGGAACAGGCAUGCUACCUUUGAACCAAGAUUUAUCGGCUCACUGCUCAUUCGAUCUGUCAAAUCAAUGCACAUCCUCCCAUCCAUCGACCAUCACAACCAGUCUCAUCAACGUGACUAAUCCUGAGGCUUCACUAGUUAAGUCAUCAGAAUCUCAUCAUGCUUCAUUCCACCAAGUGCCUGUGUCCUGUGAGGAUAUAUUCACAGGUGACAUGUCGGCCCACACCCAAUUAGCCGCAAUGCAUUACACAAGGAGCUUCACAGAUGAUGAGAGGAACUCCAUAUCUACCAAUGUCAAUUCCAAACAAUUGGGCGGGCAAGCAUCAACACAUAUCGGUGUCGUCCGUUUGGAACAAUGUCUGUUAGGCAGAGAAGGGAGAUCAGAGGCGAUGCUGUCCAACGACGAAAGCUUCAUCCGGCACCUGCACAGCUUACAGACUGGAAGAAGUUUUCCGAGUGGUGAUGCGGAGGAAGGACUUCGAGAUUUCUAAUGCUCUGAUGACUAACAUGGAGGUCUUUAAGGCGACCAGAUUUAGACUCAAGACUCAUUCAUCUUUUUGGUGAAUUCUAGUGGGUGUAUCUUGAAUGUUUCUUUGGCACUGAGAUAUCUAACCUGUGGUUCGAUGUAACAGCAGCUAUCUCUCAUGUGGAAAACAAGUAUCAUUAUGAAGAAUAUAUAUAGCCAAUUUGACUUGGAA